AUGGUUGCUGAAAGGCUGUCAAGAUUAGGACGCAGAAAUAUCCUAUUUGAUGACCCGGUUCAUGAUGAAGAAGAUGAAAUGCUGGAUGAUUCUUUGGAAGAGGACGCAAAAACCCAAUUUUUGUUCCCUACAGUUGGAGAAUCAUAUAAAGGAUAUACUCACUCUUAUAUGAAUAUGGGACUUCUGGAAAGAGGUGAAAAAGAUGUCCUCAAGUUUCAGGAAUCGAUAAACGGUCAAGUUCUCCAGCCGAUCUACGAAUUGAUUCGAACUAAUACUCUGACACCGGAAACGUUAGUAUCUCAUAGUGAUAAAUGGUCCAAAGAAAAUGCGGACUUCAAGUAUAUGUCUUUAAAGAGACGCUACUAUGUCGACACAAAGCAAGUUGUGCGAGAUCGAAGAAAAAAUGACCGAAUAGUUUGCGAACCGGUCUGUAUAUUUGACCUUCUCAUGUGUGCUCAUCUGAUGAAUAACCAUAUGAGUUAUAGACAUUUACAUCAACAUCUUAAUGAAGUUUACUCGAAUAUUACGCGAGAGUUUGCUCAAUUGGCCGUGAGAUAUUGUUCCGUUUGCAAUCAAGAUCAAAGCUUGAAGCCAAUCGAGAAAUACAGGCAUAAGAAUAUGUUCAAAGGGUUGCUGCCAUUGGAAAGAGUGCAUUUGGAGAUCUUCGAGCCCUUCGAUGGUGAAGUAAUAGCGAACAAGUACUCUCAUGUGCUUUACUGCAGGGACUACCACACAAGAUUUAUAUGGCUGCAGCCUUUAAAAAACGCCAGCUUCAAGCAUUUAGUCUCUGCAAUAAGUCGUUUUCUCCUGAGUAUGGUACGAUUGCCUGUGUACCUCGAGUCGAGCACACUGGAUAAGCAAGACUUGUUCGAUAUCUGCGAAGCCUUAUGUGGGAAAUAUGGGCUAAAACUGGGACUUGGCGUCAACAAUUCGUCCCAAUUUCAUGCGAACGGGAUAAGGAGGAUAAAAAAACUGCUAAACGAACACAAAGAUGACUGUCUUUCCGAUUGGAAUAAUUGCCUGAAAUACGGUCCAUAUUACCUUAACAGGGCUCAUAAUACCUUGGCGGUUGGUAUACCCAGUGAUUUGCUUUACAGUUGCCAUCUUAAGAGCUCUAAAGCGUUCAGUUUGAAGCAGGAAAAGGUUAUCGACGAAUCCUCUGCAGAGAACGUGGUUCAUAUAAAAAAAGGUCUCAUAUACUUGGAAAGCAAGGAUGCUCAACACACAGAUGAAGAUGAGUCGGACGUAGAAGAAGAAGAUUUUUCCGAUUGUGAACAAUCCGUUGUCCCUUCAGACUUGGCUGCGUGGGGCCACAGGCGCGAGAACAGUCCCACCACUGUGCAAGAUGAACCAAUGGGCGACCUGCAUCCCAGCUCUGAGAUUUCGGAGCCCUCAACAUCAUUCUAUGAUGAACUGAUCUCGCCGUCGAAAAAAAGACUUAGGCUGGCACCUAAGGUCGAAACAGCAUAA